GAAGGAUACGGAAACUCUAGAGAAAAUGGACAGAUUUGAGUGGGGUGACGAUAGUUUCCUUCCUGGCGAAAAACAAGUAUUACAGCAGCGAGGGGUGGCUUUGUAUGAUGGUCACGAAAAGACUUCCUUUCAAGACGGAAUUUUGGUUUUAUCCACACAUAAAUUAAUUUGGAAAGAUGUAACGGACAGAUCCCGUAUUUUGGUAUUACACCUCUCACUCGUGGUGUUUCUGGAAGAACAACCAUCAGGAUUCGCUAAAAGUGCCAAAAUAGUUGUUCACCUAAAUGCUGUGCCAAGUCAAAAAAAACCUGGACCUGUCUCUCACAGUGCCAACCAUUUCAUCAGACUCUCCUUCAGGGAUGCAGGUGAAAGAGAGUUUAAUCAGGCAUUUUCUGAGCAGUUACAAAAAAGGCUAUGGGAACAAAGUCUACCAACAGCAACCCCUGGACCACAGGGUGGGCGGCAUCGGGCCGGGAUUAUGGGUAUUGAGCGAUCAUUGAAACAAAAACAGAAAGACACAGACAAAGAUAUUUCUAAAGCUUUUGAGGAUCUCAGCAAACUAAUGGAAAAGGCAAAGGAAAUGGUUAAUUUAUCAAAAACAAUAGCAGCAAAGAUAAAAGACAGACAAGGAGAAAUAUCGGAAGAUGAGACAGUGAAGUUUAAGUCCUAUUUACUCAGUAUGGGUAUACCGGACCCUGUAACCAGGGAAACGCACGGAACUGGUGACAAAUACUACUCAGAGCUGGCUAAACAGUUGUCAAAGGUCUUAGAGAAACAACUUCAGGAAUGUGGAGGUAUCAUGACUUUAACUGAUGUGUACUGCCGUGUUAACAGAGCCAGGGGAAUGGAGUUGCUUUCACCAGAGGAUAUGUUACAUGCUUGUGAAUUGUUGGAGUCACUUAGGUUACCUGUGAGAAUGAAGAUGUUUGACAGUGGGGUGAUAGUUUUACAGCUACAAUCACAUGAUGAGGAAAGAGUGAUAAGUGAUACGACUGAUCUGGUUAAAGAGAAAACGUCGCUGACUGCUGAUGAGUUGGCUCAGCUACAAGGGGUGUCUGUGAUAUUGGCUAAAGAAAGGUUAUUGCUGACAGAGAAAGUUGGUGGAGUUUGUCGAGACGAGACUGUGGAAGGACUGAGAUUUUACAGCAAUUUGUUUUUGACAAGGACAGAUUAAUAGAUAAUGUAUUAAGUGGAAUGUGGUCAAUGCAGACGCCUUCACUUCUAGCCACAGUGGUGGGAUUAUAAGAUAAUGUAUUAAGUGGAAUGUGAUCAAUGCAGACGCCUUCACUUCUAGCCACAGUGGUGGGAAUAUAAGAUAAUGUAUUAAGUGGAAUGUGAUCAAUGCAGACGCCUUCACUUCUAGCCACAGUGGUGGGAAUAUAAGAUAAUGUAUUAAGUGGAAUGUGAUCAAUGCAGACGCCUUCACUUCUAGCCACAGUGGUGGGAAUAUAAGAUAAUGUAUUAAGUGGAAUGUGAUCAAUGCAGACGCCUUCACUUCUAGCCACAGUGGUGGGAAUAUAAGAUAAUGUAUUAAGUGGAAUGUGAUCAAUGCAGACGCCUUCACUUCUAGCCACAGUGGUGGGAAUAUAAGAUAAUGUAUUAAGUGGAAUGUGAUCAAUGCAGACGCCUUCACUUCUAGCCACAGUGGUGGGAAUAUAAGAUAAUGUAUUAAGUGGAAUGUGAUCAAUGCAGACGCCUUCACUUCUAGCCACAGUGGUGGGAAUAUAAGAUAAUGGGAUUACGAGGAUGCUUUGAAUGGAAAAGUGAAAAUAUUUCCCAAAAAUGCAGACAAGUUUAAUUUUACUGACUGUCCAGAAGUCUUGUGGAUGUAAACAAAAGUUUCUGACUUCCAAUUUUCUGUGGAAACCUCCUGAUUUUCAAAACAAAUAAUUUUACUCAAGUCAAAAACAAAGUUUAACCCUGACUGGAUUGUGGGACAUCCAGAUAAGUUAUCCAACGAUUAAUGAGGUUGGAUAGUAAGACAACUAGAUGAGUGGUGGCCAGAUUAACAAAAUUGGAUUGUGGGACAUCCAAAUUACAGGUGGCACAGUGGAUAGAUUACUUGCCUUUCACCAAGGUGGCCGGGGUUCGAUUCUCCGAUCGAACGUGAAAAGGAAUGGGGUCACCUGCCUGACCACGUGGUUUUCUCCGGGUACUCUGGUUUCUUCUCACAUUAAGAACCUGCAUGCGCUAACAUCUGGGCCAACAGGAGUGAUUAAUAUAAGCUGAAAAACUUGCUUCAUAAUUGUUGUAAAAUAAAUCAAGUUUAUAAGUUUAUAUGCUACAGGGCUGGAUUGUGGGGCAACCAGAUAAGUGGUUGCCAGAUUUAUAAAGCUGGAUUUUGGGACAUCCGGUUUAGUGGUGACUGGAUUAACAGUGCCAGAUAGUGAGAUGACUUGACCAAUGGUGGCUGAAGUAAUAAAACUGGACAGUGGGACAACCAGUUUCAUGGCGGCUAGGUUGGAUCAGUAGUGGCUUGAUAGUGAGAUGACCGUAUUAGUGGCAAGUGGGUGGAUUAAGGAGGCUUGGUAAGGAAAUGAUCCUAUUAGUGGCCAGUGGGGGGAUUAAGGAGGCUGGAUAAGGAGAUGACCGUAUUAGUGGCCAGUCGGUGGAUUAAGGAGGCUGGAUAAGGAGAUGACCGUAUUAGCGGCCAGUGGGUGGAUUAAGGAGGCUGGAUAAGGAGAUGACCGUAUUAGCGGCCAGCGGGGGGAUUAAGGAGGCUGGAUAAGGAGAUGACCGUAUUAGCGGCCAGUGGGGGGAUUAAGGAGGCUGGGUAAGGAGAUGACCGUAUUAGUGGCCAGGCGGUGGAUUAAGGAGGCUGGAUAAAGAGAUGACCAUAUAAGAGGCCAGUGGGUGGAUUAAGGAGGCAGGGUAAGGAGAUGACGGUAUUAGUGGCCAGUGGGUGGAUUGAGGGGGCUGGAUAAGGGGAUGACCGUAUUAGUGGCCAGAGGGUGGAUU